AUGAAGCCCGCGUCAUGGCUUUCCCUCCUGGCCCUCGCCGGCUCCGCGGCACACGCCCACGGCGGCCACGACGACGACGACGACGGCAAGGAAUGGACAAAGGAGGAGCUGGCUGAGCUCCAGGCGAAAUGGGGCCACGAGGCACGAAGCCCGGACAAGAACUCGACGGGUGAAAAACUUGCUAACGCGCUGUCUAGUGGUCGUUCAGCGGCAUCGGGUCGUUUGCCCACCUCGACUACGUCAAGUGCCUCACGAGCCCGCAGGAAAAGCGCCCGGUUUGGUCCCCGGGCGAUCCGGCAGGCCUCGUCGCGGCAGACGUCGCUGCGCGCAUUCAACCCGCGCGCCAACGUCAACCCGUACCAGAACUGGGCCAGGAUCAUCGACUGCGGCGACAUCCCCAUCACGCCGCUCGACAAUGCCAUUGCGGCGGAGCAAAUGACGCAGGCGUUUCGGCGGCUGGGCAGGGCGCGGCCGACGAGCGCCCUGAGCGCCGGCAAGCCCAGGCUCGUCACGCUCGGGGGCGACCACAGCAUCGCGCUGCCGGCGCUGAGGGCCCUCAGGGAGAUUUACGGCAGGCCCGUCCGCGUGCUUCACUUUGACGCGCACCUGGACACGUGGGACCCGGCCGCCUACCCGUCGGCAUGGGGCUCGACGGACUUCACGCACGGCUCCAUGUUCUGGAUGGCCAACGUCGAGGGCCUGCUGUCCAACGCGUCGGCCGGGCCGUCUGUCCACGCGGGCCUGCGGACGCGGUUGACGGGCACCGACUGGGCGGACCACGAGGCCGACACGGCGCAGAACUGGGUGCGCUUCGCGGCCGACGACAUUGACGAGGUGGGCACGCAGGGCAUCGUCGACGGCAUCAUGGCCGUGCUGGGCACCGACGACCCCGUGUACCUGUCGGUGGAUAUUGACGUGCUGGACCCGGCGUUUGCCCCGGGCACGGGGACCCCGGAGCCGGGCGGCUGGACGACGAGGGAGCUCAUCCGGAUCCUGCGGGGCGUCGAGGGCCUGAAUCUCGUGGGCGCCGACGUCGUCGAGGUGAGUCCCGCGUACCAGGGGCGCGGGGAGGAGACGGCGCUGGCGGCGGCGCAGGUCGUGUAUGAGAUUCUGAGCUCCAUGGUGAAGAGGGGGUUGGAGGAUGGCGACGGGGAGACGGCGGCCGGCGGCAAGGAUGAGCUGUGA